AUGCGUGCAUUGCCUUAGUCUAUAUAAGUUCACCUCCCACUCAUCGACUGCCACAACACUCGUAAAGAAGCUCAAGAAAUUCUCCCUGAGAAAAAUCCAAAAAAAUAAAUAAAUAAAGAAUCAGCGACGGAGAUUUUCUCCGACCAAUCCAUGUCGGAAAAUGUGGUCAAUCUACCGGAUUCUUUGUAUGAGGACUAUAGUAAACUCAAGUUGACUUCGUCCCCGCCCUACGCUUCGUCAUCCUCAGCUCCUCCGCCGGGGCUCACCGUCGUAGCUCAGCCGACCGUAGAGAUGAUUCUCCAGUGGGUCUAUGAUCUUCAUAAACCAAACUCACCCAAGUUUGAUUUCGCGCUGCAUAAUCUCGCCUAUCAUAGGGACAAUUUUGAGUUCUUGCCGAGUCUGUUAUGGGAAUCUAAAAAUACUGUGUACAUCAUGUUGCAGGAGGUUUUUGUAGCCUACAGACACCUCGUAGGACACAUCUCACUUCGAUUGUUCCCUCAUCCAUUGAAUCCACUUCGAGUGUACAAUGUUUUGCUUUUGUUCCAGAGCAUGGCUUAUCACCCAGACACAAGCCGUCGGUUUCUUAGGGCUAAGAUGCCAAACUAUUUCUAUCCUUUGAUGGACCUUGGUCUCAUCGAUAAGCGUCACGAAUGCCUGAGGCUUGCUGCAUUGGGUGUCAUUGCUCAUAUGUUGAAGGCGUCUGAAGAUGGAGCUGUUAGUCGUUACCUAAUGGAAAGUGGUGCUGUAGGUUUUUGCGCUAAACCCGUUGAGUUUGGCUCUAUCGAAACAAAAACUGUUGCUGUAUACAUACUUGACAAGAUUAUGUCAACUGAUGAGGGGCUUCAUUACUGCUGCGUCUUGGCUGAUCGGUUUUUCGUUAUCGAUGAACUCCUUAAGAAGCUGCUCGUCUAUCUUUCUUCCAUGUACAGACCUUCUUCCUGCUUGUUCAACCUUGUUAUUGGUUGCUACGUCAAGCUCUCCCAGAAAUCCAGGGCUCGUGACGGAAUAAGGCGAUACACGCCUUUCUUGCUGUUUGACGGCACUUUUGCAAGAUUAUAUGCUGAGGACCCUGUCGCUGAUAACAAUCGGAUUCAGCUGAUUCAGAAUCUGGAAAACUAAAGCAAUGAAGUACCGGAGACACUGUUUUCAAUGAGGAAAUGAAAACGAAGCGAUACACAACCCCCACAGAGAACAGGUUUACUACGCCUACGCGUACGCUAAGUAAUAAUUUACUAAAGACAUAAAAACUAUGAAAUAUUUUUAUGUUGUUGUUUGGUUUAAUAUCUUUUGGAUGACUCUUAUUACUCUCUCAACAUUGUUCUCUCUCUUUUGAGAUACAUUUCAAUGCAUUUUCUAUCUUUUUUCAA